UCAAUUAUAAAGGGAAUAACAUGGAGCCCCAGUGGCUGUUUAUGUUGACGUGAAGAACGCGUUUAAACCGUGGGCUUUCAGCGAGAGCGCGUGUACUCUGUGCGGUUUAUGUUGAGCUUCACAGGGACCCUGGCAUGUGACUCUCCCACUUCACUGAUGUGCCAGUCUCACAAAUGGAAAGGUGGCUUCGCUGUGGAAACCUGAGCAUUUCCCCGGUGCUCCUGCUGCUGCUGCUCGGAUUCGGCACGUCGCAGAUUCACCAGCUCCACACGGGCUUCAGGGGCAUCGGUUCCAGCCCGGGGGAAGGCGAUGCACUGGCGAUGAAGCCAGGUUUGGACGGCACCGGGGCGCCGGGCACCGGGGGCACCGGAGCCGACGUGACGGUGGAGGACGAGAGCGGCUCGCCGGGAGACACGGAGGAAGCGUCCGAGGAGCGCGGAGAGGAACUCAAGGCAGCACGGUCCUUGGUGAUCAUCAGCACUCUGGAUGGAAGGAUUGCGGCCCUGGACCCUCACAACCAAGGCAGGAAGCAGUGGGACCUGGACGUCAGCUCCGGAAGCCUGGUGUCCUCCAGCCUGAGCAAACCAGAGGUAUUUGAGAAUAAAAUAGUCAUCCCAUCGCUGGACGGUGCCUUGUUCCAUUGGAACCGGGAUAGGGAGAGUAUGGAGGCAGUGCCUUUUACCGUGGAGUCCCUGCUGGAGUCGUCGUAUCGCUUUGGAGAAGACACUGUUCUGGUCGGUGGGAAGUCCCUGACCACUUACGGCCUGGGCGCCUUCAGUGGAAAGCUACGCUACAUCUGCUCGGCGAUGGGCUGCAGACGGUCGGAUGAGGAGGAUAUUGACGCUGAGGAUGUGCUGCUGCUGCAGAGGACUCAGAAGACCGUCCGAGCGAUCCGACCUCGAUCUGGAGUGGAGAAGUGGAACUUCAGCGUUGGAAGCUUCGAGCUGAAGUACCUCCAUGACACGCAGCCUGGUUUGAACUUCCUGGAAGCAGAAAUGGACGACAAGUGGAAAGAAAAGCUUCGCGUCAUCGCUGAUGAACCCAAAGAAAAGGAUCAGACGGAAGAACAGGUCCAGGACCUCGUCAUCAAGGUGUCAGUGCCGGACUGGAAGGUCAUGGCUUUCAGCGCAGACGCCGCUGGUCAGCUGGUGUGGGAGCAGCAGUUCUGCACCCCCAUCGCCUCAGCCUGGCUCGUGGGCGGAGGAAAAGUCACACCGAUCAGCCUGUUCGACGACACCGGGUACAGCGACCAUGCGGAGACGGAUGAGGAGGAUGAGGAGGAGACCGCGGCGAGAGCCAGAGAGGCGUCGGAAUCCAGCGUUUACCUCGGGAUGUACCAGGGGCAGCUCUACCUCCAGUCGUCCGUCAGGAUCACCGAGAAGUUUCCCUCCAAAGCAAUCGCAUCAGAGAGCGACAUCAUUCAUCUGCCCACCGUUAAAUGGAAGCCUCUGAUCCACUCCCCGUCUCGGACCCCCGCCCUGGUCGGCUCCCAGGAAUUUGACAAGUGUCUGAACAAUGAUAAAUUCUCCCACGAGGAGUACAGCAACGGGGCGCUGUCGGUGCUUCAGUACCCUUACGACAACGGGAUCUACUUCCCGUACAAUAAUCGCUACAGGGAGAAGCGAGAAGUGAGUCUCACCAAGCCAAAUACCAUCGUGAACGAGGGUCGGCGGAGGAAAGACCCAGUGCUGCUGCUGCCCUGGUGGAAAGAGAUCCUCGGCACCAUUGUCUUCUGCAUCGCUGCCACCACCUACGUGGUCCGGAAGUUCUUCCACCCUCCUGCCCCCGUGGCUUAUGUGCGGCAACGAAAGGAGUCGGAGACACAGUGUCAGACUGACAGCAAGUUCGACCUUGAGGUUGUCGAGUCCAAAGAACAAGCCAUGGUAGACGUCCGCUCCACCGAAUACGUGUCCAGGUACCUGAAUGACUUUGAGCCGGUGCAGUGCCUUGGGCGUGGAGGGUUUGGAGUUGUGUUUGAAGCCCGGAACAAAGUGGAUGACUGCAAAUAUGCCAUCAAAAGAAUCCGUUUGCCAAACAGAGAACUUGCCCGAGAGAAGGUGAUGAGAGAAGUGAAAGCUCUGGCCAAGUUGGAGCAUCCAGGGAUCAUUCGCUACUUCAACGCCUGGCAGGAGAGCCCACCUGAGGGUUGGCAGGAGGAGAUGGACCAGAGGUGGCUGAAGGACACCAGCACGGCAGAUUGGCCAAACACUUUCCGUGACAACAUGGAGGCGCUGUCGGUCAAAGUCCCCGUGUCCAGCUCAGCUCCACCUUUCUGCGGGACAGAAGGAGAAGCUGUGGAGAUCUCUAUUGACGCUCACUUGUCGAGCAGCAGCAGCAGCAGCAGCAGCAGCAGCAGCGGGGGUGAGGCCGUGGACUACGAGGACAGCCAGCCUGACCCGGAACCUUCGGACACGCCACACUCCUUUGAGAUGUUCCCCUCUCGUGACCCCGGCGACUGCACCUCGUCCUCUUUCGACAUCGUCUUUGAGGACUCGGCCUGUGACCGAGACGUCGAUGUGGAGGUCGACUUGGACUCUGUCGGUCCGGGCAGUGUGACGAAGAAGAAUAGCUCUUCUCCCUCGCUCACCAGACAAGGAAACAGCCGGCCUCUCUCUUCCUCACCGCCACGGCCGACGUCGCUGUCCUUGGCUCUCCCGCCGUCUCCUCCAACCAAACCUCAGUCGUCUCCAAAGGUCAGACCCGGGUCUUUAAGCGCCACCUCCCGUUUGCUCAUGUCUGCCUUGCGUGUCCAGGUGUACAUGUACAUCCAGAUGCAGCUCUGCCGAAAGGAGAACCUGAAGGACUGGAUGGCUGAGCGCUGCCUUCCGGAGCAAAGAGAACACAACGAGUGUUUGGACAUCUUCGUGCAGAUCGCCGAGGCCGUCGACUUCCUGCACAGCAAGGGUCUCAUGCACAGAGACCUCAAGCCGUCCAAUAUCUUCUUCUCCCUGGACGACGUGGUGAAAGUGGGCGACUUUGGCUUGGUGACCGCCAUGGACCAGGAGGAGGAGGAUGAGGAGUGCGCGCUGACGCCGGCGCCGCUCUUGACCCGGCACACGGGCCAGGUCGGCACCAAGCUUUACAUGAGUCCAGAGCAGCUCUCUGGGAAUUCCUACUCCCAUAAAGUGGACAUUUAUUCUCUGGGUCUGAUUCUCUUCGAGCUGUUGCAUCCCUUCAGCACGCAGAUGGAGCGGGUGAAGACUCUGACUGAGGUGAGAGCUCUGCGUGUCCCAGAGGUGUUCUCCAAAAACAACAGUCAAGAGCUGAAUAUGGUGCGCAGCAUGCUGUCCUUGAGCCCCGGCGAGCGUCCGGAGGCGGCCGAGAUUAUCGGGACCCCUCUCUUCCAGGAGCUGGAGCUCCCCAGGCUGGCCAUGAGGCAGCGGAGUCGCACCUACAGCGCCUCGUCCAUGGGCCGGCCCGCUCGCCUCUCCUCGCACAACUGAAACAAAGACAUCAGGUGCAAUAACUGAACUGGCCGCUUCGCUUCGCUGCCGCAGGAACCAUCCGCACUUCUGUGCAGGACUUUCCAUUACGUCGCUCCAGACAGUCGCUGUUACAUAUUUGCACACCUCAGCAAUUUUUAGUCGAGUUUUAAGCUUUCCACCAAGCGCGCAGCAUGACUUAGAUUAGCUAUUUUUGAAGAGGUUUGGGGUCCUGGGGCAGAUAAAUCCUUGAAAACGGCAGGAUUUUAGUCAAAUUUAGAUUGGAUUUAAAGGAAUAAAUAAAUAAUCUGGAAGCCCCGCCCCUUCAGUGGCCCGACAUCUUUGCACUCGAGCAACUGCAUACGUGGACAGCUUUAUUCCCAGCUAGGAUCUUCUGCUUUUGUAAAGUAAGUGAAAGAACUGGGUUUGGCGCUGACCGACCCAUGCGACACCUCAGGUAUGGACGCCAUGAGGACACUCAGUAGAGGCCUUCUGACGCGCGAUCGACGUCAUCAUCACUGAACAAGCCAGGCACCUGGAAACACCUGCCGUGGAAGACCAAAAAAAAAAAAAAAAAAGUUCAAUAAGGAAAGCGGAUAUUUAAAUGUGCACAUGAAGUUGACUAUUUGCCUUGGAAAAAAUGAUGAAUGAAUGAAUGACCUUCUGGCUUGUGCCUCUUCUGCAUGAACCUUAGAGGAAGUGGAGGGAGUGGUUACCCGUCGUAAAGCCAGUACUUUUGUACAUAUGUUUCUGAGGUGCACAAUCAUUUUAUAACACCUCUGCUUCCUUCACAGUGUUUCACUGAAGAGGAACGCGUUUGUACAGUUUUCUUUACUGUAAAUAUGGCUUGUAUAAGGCCUUUUUCACCAGGCGACUGUAAGAUAGGCCGUUGUUGGGAUUCUUUCUUUCUACUUUUGGUACAAUCUUUGCCGCAGACGUGGUGGCUGAAUGUCGCAGCUUGACCUCCAGAGAGUGAUUGAUGUUGUCACCUCCUUCUGCAGUUUUCUCAGUGUUCACUUUUUUAUUUUUUAUUGUGGGGGUGUAAGGGACCUCCCUUGCUUUGAAGCACCAGAGAAUCAAUGACCGGACCAGAGUGCCAUGUGGACGUUAGUCAAGUGCUCUUCCCUGCGGCUCUUUUGCAACCAUUGCUUGACUGCUCGUUGAAUCCUGGUUUACCUCCUCUACACUGGACCUGACGUUGGUCAUGUGAUCCUCACAUUCUUCCAUAUUAAGUGCUGAGAGAGUCACGUGACUUUCGCAAUUUUGUUAAUUCCAACGAUUGUACUUUUCUAAUCAUGUUUUAAAGUCACAACAAUGUCCUGAGUGUCUCCUGUUGAAUCAUGACCUUGCUUUUAGGAACGUUGACACGUGGGUUUGGGUCUCUUUGUACAGGACAUGGGCCUUUUUAAAGCAAAUAAGAUGUGAAGACGGGGACAGAGCACCAUGUGCACCACAAUGAAAGGUUUGGGUGGUAAACUGCAGUCGGGUGUGUGGUUCUUUUUUAAAAAAAAAGCCUCAAAUUGGAGUCCAUUUCGUCUCAGUCUGGACUCAUCACCCGCAGCUUCUGUUCCUGUCCGAUUGUAAAUAUGUUUAUUUGCUUUGUUUAUGUUCUGAUGCCGCAAUCCGUUCUGGGUUGGUGUUAUUACCAAUGCGCUUCAUGUCAUGAGCGUGUUGAAUUAUGAUGACUUCUUACAAGUCUAAAUUUAA